ACCUUUUCUCCUUACCACUCCAAGUCGCGAAAUACGGAAAAUGUCUCGAUCCAAUGAUAUCCAGCACAAGUUUCCUGAGGGCGGCGCGAAUCUCCACUCAAGUCAUCAGACCGACGGCGACCUUGGUCCCUAUAGCGACAGCUACCCAGAUGCGAGGCCAACUACCCCUCCCGAUGCCGGCAAUUCGCCCAAUAUCCUGGAGCUAUCCUCAUGGUCCAGCAGUCCCGAUUCUGGGGGCGACAUAGAGACCAACCAGCCAAACGCUCUAUAUUGGAGCAAUAUUAUUGCCUUUGCCGGGGCCGGCAGUCCCUCAAACUCUCACUACCCAAUCCCCUUCGCCACUGCAGAGUGCGACCAAGGCCCUGAUACCCUCGAUCCUAAACCCCUCAGCUGCCACAUGUGUAGAGUAAGGUUUGGGCGCUCGGCGGAUUUGAAGAGGCACAUGGAUACGGCCAAAGCGCAUAAUCCUCCGAAGGGGCCAUCUUGCCCGGUGCUCGGCUGCAAAAGUGUUUCGAAAUUUACAAGGCUCGAUAAUUUCAAGGCUCAUUAUGUAAAGAUGCACAGCAAGAGUUGGGAAGAAGCGGAGAAUUUUAUCCAGGAAUGGAGGGCUCAAGAGGCACUAGGCAUUUCGUAUAGGGCGGGUGGUGAUGUUAUGUGAGAACAGGCGGGGAUGGAGUAUAAGCGGAAGAUAUAGAGGAGUGUUGAUAGAUCUCUCUUCAGGGGGGCUGUAAUGAUAGAGCGCGAGGAUGUGAGUUGGUGACAAA